AUGCAGCAGAGCAAGUUUAAAGCAGAAUUUAAUCCUCUUGAUGCACAAAGCUUGGACGAUCCAACAGUGGGAGGGGAAGAACUCAUUAUUAAUCAAUAUAUCAUACAAAACACCUUCACCUUUGUUCAAAAUUUGACCGAAAUCCCACAUGCUAAUGACUAUGUCCUGGCCAGCUUUGAUGUUCCUUAUGUGUUUACAAAUGUCCCUUUGGAUGAAACCAUAGAUAUCAUUAUCAACUCACUGUUUGAUGAAACUGAUAAAGGUUUGGGAUUUAAUAUGAUGUAUUUCAAGAAACCCUUUGACAUAGCCACAAAAGAUAUAAUGUUUUGGUUUAAUGGAAUAUUGCACAACCAAAGUGAAGGUGUAGCAAUGGGAAGCCUUUUAGGACCUACUUUAGCUAAUUUUUUUAUGUGCCAUAAUGAAUGUAAAUGGUUGUUUGAUUGCCCCGAGGAAUUUAAACACAGACAUUACUUCAGAUAUACUGAUGAUACCCUACUCUUAUUCAAAUCCGAAGAUGAAGUUAACAAGUUCUUGGAAUAUCUUAACAAUCAGCAUCCUAAUAUUAAAUUCACUUGUGAAGUUAAACAUAAUGGACACCUCCCCUUUUUAGACAUUGAUAUUUCUAGGGAUAUGAAUUCUUUUGUCUCCACGGUUUACAGAAAACCAACCUACACUGGUCUUACAACUAAAUUUAAUUCUUAUAUACCAAUUAAAUGUAAAGGGAAUUUUGAUUACUAUUUUAAUCUUCAGGGCCUUUGA